AAAACAAAUUCGGUGAACCUAAUUUCGUUUACUAGCUUAGGGACCUAUUUUAACCCUGCUUCUUCUUCGAGACAUGGGCCAAGUACCGAUACCCUCGACGAUUUGUCUGGCUCUAUCGACACAAUAGUUUCAAUAACCGAGACGGGAUUCGACCAAGAACUAUCCCUCGCAGCAUUUAUAGCUCACACAGACGACCAAACCCCGAAGUGCGACCACGGAUGGGGCUUCAAGCCCCUAGAAGUCAUCCUCUCCGCAUAUCUCAACAUGAUCGACGAGGGCAAGGUCACAACCAUCCAUAAGUACAACCAACUUGAUCAGUACUGCCAGACACAAUGUCAACCAUGGGUUCUGCGGCCCUAUACCACAGUUGACGUGGAAAAGGCCGUAUCUGCCUUGCAACGACUCAUAACGGCCAUCGAGUCCAGACAACCAGCCCACUUGUCUCCCUCGGUAAACCCAAGUACACUAGGCUUAGCCCAAAUACCCCUAGGCACAUUCAUCCAUAACUUUCUCAAAGCAAUCUCAACAAUACACAUCCCCUUCCGCUACAUCGCCCCGGGAAUCGACUCCUUAGCCCCGCAGAAUUCCUCCAACAACCAUACCUCCCCUCCUCAUUUGGAUACCAUGACUAUCCGAACCAUAGACCAGCGCCCAUAUUCAGCACAGACGGCGAAAAUGGAAUAGGAAGAGAUCUUCCCCGGCUAUCAUCACCUAGACCUGAAACUCCAAGCACCCACAGGUCUAUACAUAUCAGCUAUUGACUGCCGCACGAACCGCGUCUUUUCCAAUAGUUGUCAGCUGCUCCUACCGUUUAAAGUCGGGGAGAAAGGGAGGGCAUGUGUGAGCGAUGAGCAGCAGAUGAAUGUGGAUGCGUGGUUAGAGGCGUGGUUGGGUUGGAGGAGUGGUACGAGGUACUGGGCCUAAUGGUAGUGAUACGGAUCUGUAAUAGUCUGGGUAUAAUGGGUUUACAGAUUUGCAGGAGGUGCAGUUGCUUAAGGUGUUGUUGAUUUGGGCGGAGAGA